AUGAAUCAAUUAAUUAAAAAUAAUAGUAAAACUAUAUUAUUAGGUAUUUCAAGUGGAAUAUCUUUAUUUAUUAUAAAUGGUGGUUUAGGAAUUUUUAAGAAUAUCAGUAAUUAUAUUUUAAAUUGUAUCAACGAAAAGAUAUACUAUCAAAUCGAUGUAGACAGUAAAGAUAAAUCAUUCGAAUGGUUAUUAUAUUGGUUAUCAGAGCAUGAAUCAGUUAAAGACUCAACCCAUUUAAAUGCAGAGACAGUUUAUAAUAAUAUUGGAAAAAACCCAAAAGUUAUUUUGGUUCCUUCUGUAGGCCAACAUACUAUUAAAUAUAAAGGAAAGACUAUUUGGAUCAGUCGUAUCAGAGAUUCAACCUUUGAUAUGGGUAGUGGUGCACCAUUCGAGUCUAUCAAACUAUCAACACUAAUCAACAAUAGUUCAGCUGUCAACGAAUUACUUCAAGAGGCAAUGUUAUUGUCCCUCAACAAGGAUAUUGGUAAAACUGUAAUCUAUAUAAACUCUGAAGGCUCAUGGGAAAGAUUCGGUAAUCCAAGAUCCAUCAGAUCAUUAGACAGCGUCAUCUUGAACAAUAAUUUAAAACAACAACUUUUAGACGACAUUAAAUCAUUUAUUACCAACGAAUCAUGGUAUCGUAAUAGAGGUAUCCCAUACCGUCGUGGUUAUUUAUUAUAUGGCGAGCCAGGUAAUGGUAAAAGCUCUUUAAUCAAUGCUAUCGCCGGUGCCUUGAAUUUAGAUAUCUGCAUUGUAUCACUCUCUCAAAAAGAAGUCGACGAUAGACAAAUCAACCAUUUACUUAACAAUGCUCCACCAAAAUCGAUUCUCUUAAUCGAAGAUAUCGAUGCUGCAUUCAAAUCACAUAGAAGCCAAGUAGAUUUAGAUAGCACCAAUUCAAACCAAAUCAACUCUCUCACCUACUCUGGUCUCUUAAAUGCAUUAGACGGUGUAGCAUCCCAAGAAGGCAGAAUUUUAUUCAUGACCACCAACAGAAUUGAGUUAUUAGAUAAUGCUUUAAUUCGUGAAGGUAGAGUCGACAUGAAAAUAGAAAUUACCAACGCAACCAAAGAACAAGCAUCCCAACUAUUCUCUCAUUUCUACAACUUGCCACAAGACAGUCCAUUAUCCAAUCAAUUCUCAUCCAAUUUUGCAAACUAUCAAUUAUCAAUGUCACAAAUCCAAGGUUUCUUAUUAAAAUAUAUUAAUUGUCCAGAAAAAGCAAUUGAAGAAUCUUAUAAAUUAUUACCAGUUAAUUUAAGUUAA